CAUUAUGAUGUGCUAUUUAUAAAAUUAUUUGUUUUACCACUAUAUGUGUAUUUGUGUUAUUUUCCAAAAAUGGAGCAUUUGUAUGUUUCCUAAUCUAUCACAAGCAUAUUUAACCAUCUAUUGAAUUAUUGAAUUAGGAGCAUUAUAUUUGAUGGCUAGUGCAUACAUCGCCUUCUUAUUAAGACUAUAUUUAUCACGGUAUGAUGCACUUGCAUUAGUGCAUACAUCAUAUUAUGAUUUCUUAUGAGGCUAUUUAAGUUCAUUUUUCAGUUGACACCUUUCCCCUCUUUAAAUAAUUUUGACCAAAUACUCUAUUAUUUACAUAUCAAUUCAUAAAUGACAUGAUCACAUCCUAUAUAUUUCUAUACUUGCAUUGAUCCAUGAGGGUAGUUUUGAGCCAUGUUAGGUGUUUUGACCUCUUAUAGUUAUUGAUGGAUAUUAUGAUUCUAUUUAGUACCUAUUGUUUAUUUGUUAUUUUUCCAUUGAAGAACAUUUUGAUAGUUUUUCUUGUUGGGUUUUAAACCUCAUAAGUGAGAUUACAAUAAUGCUCCUGGACCUACUUAAACUAGGUUCCAGAUGUCAUGUCCCACCUAUUAGUUAAACUAUGAUUUAACUCAAGUUUGAGCUCCUAUAUGGUGGUGACAUUUGGCCUAGGAGGACUACCUUGAGUUUCCUUUUUGUACUAAAUUAUUUGCUUUCCUUUUUGUUUACUUUUAUCAUAUCUCCCAGUCCAUGUAGUUUUUAAUGGUUGUCAAUUUAUGGUCAAAGAAAUUUAUGCUUUUAGAUAUCUUUUUACUAUUUGUAUAGGAGUACAACUAUAUAUCACUAUCACAUAGCUAGAGAGCGUUUCUAGUGAAUAAAGUAUGUUGGUUUAUGCAUGCAUGCUUGGUUGAUUCUAUUGAAAGUGUGCUCAAUCCUUUUACUAUUUGUAUAGGAGUACUACUAUAUAUCACUAUCACAUAGCUAGAGAGCUUUUCUAGUGAAUAAAGUAUGUUGGUUUAUGCAUGCAUGCUUGGUUGAUUCUAUUGAAAGUGUGCUCAAUGGGUGAUUGUAUGAUGAAAACAUUGAGUCCCCAAGCGAAAGGACUACAUUUAUACAAUUAUACCUGACAAGAUUUGGGGGUUGUUUUUCCUCUGGGAUUUACAGUCAUGGGUACUGGUGAAAAUAGUAUAGUGUGUGUUGAGAAGUCGAUCUACCUACUCAAAGCAUUGUUAACGUGUGUCUUCGAUAAGCACCAACACUCCUCAUUUUCUACUUCUCACUCUCUUUCCUAACUGUCUUCUACAACUACUGACCAACUUGAGUCGAGUUACAGGGAGACUCUACACCCAACUAUUACUUCGCCAUCACUUCUCAUUCAAGGCUUUUCCAAGCAGUUGGGAAAUAGUGAUAAUAGUAAACGGGGUGUUUGUUCAUGGUCUCAACUAGCUCAAACUUGGCACUAUAGUAAUUAAUCAAAUCAGGAAUUGAGACUCCCUUAAAUGCUGAAAGCAGCAAGACUGAGACAUCUCAACCUCUCUUCACCUUGACUCUUGGUUUAGCUAUUCAUGGUGAAAAUGGAAAGAACAGAAUGAAUUUAUAUAGUAGAAAGCUUGAUGGAACUACCCUAUCUACUACUUGACUCUUUGUUGACUUGUUGUUCCUUUGUCCCCAGGUAUCCUAUUUAUAGGAUUUUUGGCAGCUCAAGUUGAUAACAAAAUGAGGUGGGUUUCCUAAGUUUUCUGGCUGUUAUUCCUUGGCCACCAACUCUUGUUUGUCCUUUUCCUCAUUAAUAGUCGGCCACACUGCUUCCUUGUUUGUAGAGUUGUAGGGGUGUCAUCUGUUAUAUUGUUGUUGAAGGUGUCAGAAAGAAUGUGCUUGUUUCUAAGAAUCAAAGCUAGGAUGAUUUAAUAAGGAAUGACCUUCAACAUCUUCGCACGGGGUGACUAGCAAGCUUGUUGGAAAGCAGAACUAGUAGGUUCUGGUCUAAUUGCUCUGGGGGUGACUGUUGAUACCUUUGCCAGGGGGUCUUGUGAAAUAAAUGAGACAGGAGGGGGGUGGGGUAGCGAAGUGACUUUUCUUCAGUUUUGCACAUUCAUUCAUUCCGUUUUUUGUCCCAUUUUUUCCUGCACAGCUUGCAUAAACAUGUCAAUGCACCUUUAAACAACGAUGGUUUAAGGUUAACCAAUUUUGCAAUUUACAGCAAAUAGGCAAGAUAAAUUAAGAUUUUCCCACACCAAUCAGUGCACCUAGUGAGGAACACUAGAAAAUGAUGAAGAGAAUUCUAAGAUACUUAAAAGUACUCUGUAUCUUGAACUUCAUAUGCAGCCUGUAGCUCAGUCACAAAAACCUUGUUGUAUUUUCUAAUGCAGAUUGGGCAAGUGAUGCAAAUGAUUACUACUUAAUUACAAGUUAUUGUAUUUGGCCUUUGCAUGCCUUGUAUAUUUCCUGUGUACUUGGAUUGUGGUCCACUGGCAAUAUAUUCUUUUUUCUUGCUUGCCUAUUGAAAAAUAAAUAAAUAAAUACAAGUUAUUAUAUAUGCAUAGGUCCAAAAUUAAUUUUAUGGUGCUCAAAGAAACAAAAGGUAGUAUCUCGUUCCUGUAAUAAAGGAGAGUAUAGAAGUUUGGCCUAUGUUGCAGUCUUCUCUCAUGGAUUCUAGCAUUGUGCAAAGAAUUGGGUAUCAAUUUAACCCAUGCUCUUAUAUUAUAUUGUGAUUAUAUGAGAGCCAUUUCUUUUAACAACAAAUCCAUUUCCACUUGCAUGAAGAGAGCACAUAGAAAUAGAUUUUCGUUUUCUUCAUGAUAAAGUAAUGCAAAAGAGUUGGGAUAUGUGGAUCAUUCCAUCUAAAGGGACAGAUAACCCCAAUUCGGUCUUGUCUAUCUCACAUUCCUAGUUACUUCCUUUCUUUGUAUAGGCUUCCACUAGCAAUGACGACAAAGAUUAAGAAAAUGCAAAGGGAUUUUCUCUGGUCAGGGGUUAAGGAAGGAAAGAGCAAGAACAUUUAUGCAAGCCUAAGUUGCAAAAGAGUAUAGGCAUAGGGAAGAUUUCCUUGUGAAAUAAAGUUCUACUAGGAAAAUGACUUUGGAGGUACCCUAGGGAGAGUGAUGCUCUUUGGCACAAAGCAAUAUUGAGUAUCUAUGGUAUUCAUUCCAAUUGUUGGGAUGCCAAUAUUGUAUUUUCAUGGUCACAAUUAUGCCCUUGGAAGGUCGUUGCAUAGGAUUUCCAAGUUUUCUCAUGUCAUACCCAGUUUGUGGUGGGGUUUGAGGUAAGGAUUUGCUUUUAGGAAGACUUUGUGUGAGGUAAUCAAUCUCUUUGCUCUCAAUUUCCAAAUCUUUUAGAGUUGUGACAGUUAGAAAUGCUCUAAUUUCAUCCAUUCGUAGCUCCUUUCUUCCUUUUUCAUGGAAGCUUAACUUUCACCAUAACCUCACCACUAUGGAGAUAAAAGUCUUAGAAAGACUCAUGUUCUUUGUUUUUUUUUUUCAUAUAUCUCUAAGAUCGUUGUCCCUGGUUUGAGAGCUUGAUCUUUAUCUUCUUUAGGCAUAUUCUCUAUAAAAUCGUUCCUCUCUGCCCUAUACAAUUUAUCAGCUCUUGUUCCUUUCUCUCUCGCAAAACUCAUUUAACAAUCUGAAGCGCUAUCUAUGGUUAAGGCUUUUGUGUGACUAGUGGCCAACAAGAAGUUCAAUACUAACGACAUGCUAUAGGUGAGAAGACUUCUCAAAGCUCUUAGCCUUGACUAUUGCGUGAUGUGUAUGAGGAGUAGUGAAUGGAUUGAUCAUCUCCUUUUAUAUUGUUCGACAACUUUGCUGCAUUGACAUAGAUUAUUUAGCCUAGCCAAGCUUGAUUGGGUCCCUCCUAGGAGCAUUUCUGACAUGAUGACCAUUUCCUUCUAAGUUUUUAAGAGUACAAAUUAGAAGCAUAAGUCUUUGGAAAAUUGCAUGCCUCACAUCGAUCUGGAUAAAGGAAUUGAAGGAAACGAUAUGAGACUUAAUAUGCUUUUAUUUCUCUUUCUAGGCUUGAACUACUCUUGCUUUCAAGGGCACUCCUCUCACUGCUAUUCAACUCAAUUGGACUUUGGUGUGUAACUAAAGGGUUGAGAGAGCUAAUCUUGGAGCAAAGAUUCUGUCUUUUUUGUCGAUGUGUUGUUCCCUAAAUAAAGUAGGACCAUGUUUCCUUUGUAUGGUGUUGGGGGUAUAUAGGUAAUAGCGUAUUGAUCUAUUCUUUUGAUCGGAGUUUGUAUAUCUGUGAAGGAUUUCUCAUCCUUCUCAUGUAUUUCAAAUGACUAUUCAAUGAAUUUCUGUAAGAGGAAAAAAAAAAAGUAUCUGAUAAAUGUCUUUCCAAUGUAUAGCUUCAAUUUGUUUGGAAGCAGGCUUACUAGGGACAAGUCCCAAUGUGCUUGAGAGAGGGUAACUAGAAUAUUCUUUAUCUAUUAUCUUCCUCCUUUGGAUCUCCAUCCUCCAACUUUGUGGCUAUUGUAAAAUUCGAUUCUUCAUGUUCUGAUAAGGUUCAUCGAGGAUUUACAACUAAAUCUCAGAUAAUUAAUCUUGUCAUUGUAAUUUACAUUUUGUUGUUAUCAUUAUUAUCAUAUAUUGACCUAAAAUAUAUAUAAUAAAGAUUAGACCCCUAGAAAGGUUAAUCUGGGCUUUUUUUUCCCUCCAUCUUUGAGUGGUCUUUCUUUUCCUUUGCAUAUACAUGCAUACAUCCAUAUAUAUGUGUGUGUGUGUGUGUGUGUGUGUGUGUGUAUAAAGCAUAUGUUUUUGAAAUAUACUGAAUUUCGUACCAUAUGUGUAUUGCUUAAGUGUUAAUCAACGAUUGCCAACAUAACAAUACGUGUCAAUUUUGUUGGCAUUAUUAAACAAUUUAAAAUAUUCAGUUGUCAAAAUAGGAAAUGACAAUAAAAGUUAACCUUUUAUUGCUUUUAUGUACUACCAUAAACUAAUGAGGUCUUUAUGAACAUAUUUGAGAAAAAAAAUCACAGAAAUGAUAUUUCUAUAUAAAAGGACAAAGGUCAAUUCACUUUAUCCAUAUCAAUUUCUUUGGCCAUUUUAGGGUUAAGUAUUUCUUUCUGAGAUCCUUGUAUACAUCCAGCAUCGUGAGACAAAGACUCAUCAAAGAACAAAAAGGUUUUAUUUACAGUUCAAAUCAUGAAGAGGAAGCAGCUAACCAUUACCGACUUACACUUUGAUGUGCUAAAACUUAUAAUUGUUUUGGUGGCUAAUUCAUCAAAUGGGGCAGCAGAUCUAGCUCGAACAAUAUCUGUUUCUAGAGUGUUUAUGGAAUUUGCGGGCGAUAGGGAUAUCUUACGAGUGGUGGUGUUUGAUAAUCUGAAACUAUCAAGGAGAUUUCAGUCUCUCCAGAAUGUAAAAGGAUUGAUAUAUAGUUGUGCACAUGCUGGAAAUAUUUCUGCUCAGUAUUUGCUUGCAAAGACAUUACUGUUGGCCACUUCCAAGCUGUUGAUCAGGGAAAAGGAAUAUGCUUGGUUACAAGCUACUUCUACCUGUUUAUGUGCUGAGUGUCGAGCAUAUAGCAGAUGGGUUGCUGAAGAAUAUACUUCAGCAUCUUCAUCUAUGGUUCCUUUCUUGCAUAGUCGGGUUCUUCGCCCAGUUUCACGUCCAAGUCUACCUCACUUUAUACUUGUGAGGUUGUUCCUGGAACGAUGCAGCCAUGAUGACCUUCUCAAAAUGCGUCUCUACUUGAAUCACUAUUUUGAGUACUUUCUUGGAUCAGGGGGAGCUGGCUUUCUCGUGCUCUUCAAUUGUAUCAAGAAAAUGUGUAUAUACGGUGAUGCUGCACGAUGUUUUGAAAGGAUGGCAAAGGAUUCCAUAGAAAUGAAAGUUAAAGCUGAAAGCAGUGCCAAAUUAUCAGACAAAGGAGCAAAAGGUAUAAUCGCGGUCCAUAGUCGGAUGAUAGACUGGAGUCAUCAAUGUAGUGCCAGGCAGAGAGAGAUGGAAGAUAUGUUAAGAGGAAGGAGAGAAUAUGAUGGUGAGCCUCUUGAUUUUGAUAAGAUAUUUGCUACCUUAACUAAGGAGUUUGAAACAACUACUGCUGUUAAGGAAGAGUGCCCAAAUGACAUAUGGUACAAAUCACCACAUGUGGUAGCUAUAAUCUUUGGCAGACUUGAGGCAAUGUUCACAGAAAAUAGCAGGGUAGCAUUUGAAAAUGUAGAAACCAACCGGGGUUUUGCAAUUUCGUUGUUUGAUCAAUUAUUCCCUUGAAAAUAUGUACCCUUUGUAGGAUUUGAAACAUGUUUUGAAACUGUCAAAAGUGAUCAACUAGUUUCUUGCUUUUGUUAUAUAGAUGAUCAUGUGAUGUUCUUUAC